AUGGUGGCCCUUAAUGGGCCGGACCACAUUGAGCCUGGAGAGGGCCCGCUGCAGAAUAACAACAGGAUAAUCGAACAGGAUGGACUCAAUGACCUUUUGGAAUUUUUCUGCACGGAGGUACUUUGGACUACGCUGAUGCACCCGUUCCAUCAUGCCGGUGUAUUGAUGCAACUGGGCUUUGAACCUUUUCCUGGUGAGAUUGUCCGGCUGGGAUUGCUCGGAUCGCGCAGUCUUCUUCCUGGGGCGCAACACCUCAUUGGGUACAUCCAUCAGAGCGAUGGAUUCUUCGCCCUCUUUCGGGGUCUCAAGGCGAGCAUCGCGGGAAAUUUUACUUCCUACCUGAUGGAGGCAGCUAUGGCGGCGAUGGGUCUGGAAACUCGCAAACUCACCCAUACGACUGGGACUUCUGUGAAGGAUGUCUCAUGGAACUUGCUAGUCAGAAGCAUCCGAUUGACCUUGAAUCUGGUCGUCACGCAGCCGUUUACUGUAGUCUUGACUCGCCAGAUCGCCCAGUUUAUAGGUUGCGAAAAUGUCUACAAAACUAUGGGCCAAACCAUCUUCAAGAUAUUCACCGAAGAAGGCGUGGCCGGUUUCUACGCCGGCUUUGUGCCCCGCCUGCUGCGCAAUAUAGGCAUCAUGGCAGUCGCCACUGUCGCGACGGCUCUCUUCUUCCACUAUGGGCCGCAACACAGCACCAUUCAGGUACUCAACGAGUCAGACGAAAACAAUUCAUAG